CCGUCCUUCACAAUAAGGUCAUCUGGAUUGCCAGCUUGAUCCAGGCACACUGCUUCCCUGCUUCUCUUUGAAUAGGAGCAGGCUGACUACGACUCAGUCAUGAUGGUUUCAGAGUUUCAUGGGUGGAGAAAGAAAUCCUAACUCACAAUCCCUUUACAAGCCUCUGCAUGGUUUACUGAUUUCAAAAGAAAAUACGUAUCAACUCAAAUUCAAAAGAAAGCCAUAUCUGUGAAGCAGCAUAAAAUGUUCGCCUCUUGUCAGCCAGUAUGUCUGGAGCCAACAGUUCCUGCCUGACCCUGGGAGUCUUCAUCUUGAAUGGUGUUCCUGGCCUGGAAGCUGCACACAUCUGGAUCUCCCUCCCAUUCUGCCUCAUGUACAUUGUUGCUGUCCUGGGGAACUGCGGGCUCAUCUACCUCAUCAGCCAUGAGGAAGCACUGCACCGGCCCAUGUACUACUUCCUGGCCCUGCUGUCCUUCACUGAUGCCACCUUGUGCACUACCACCGUACCCAACAUGCUGUGCAUAUUCUGGUUCAACCUCAAGGAGAUUGACUUUAAUGCCUGCCUGGCACAGAUGUUUUUUGUUCACAUGUUGACUGGGAUGGAAUCUGGGGUGCUCAUGCUCAUGGCCCUUGACCGUUAUGUGGCCAUCUGCUACCCCUUACGCUAUACCACCAUCCUCACCAAUCCUGUCAUUGCUAAGGCUGCUCUGGCCACCUUCUUGAGGAGUGUGACGCUCAUCAUCCCAUUCACUUUCCUCACCAAGCGCCUGCCCUAUUGCCAGGGCAACCUCAUCCCCCAUACCUACUGUGACCACAUGUCAGUGGCCAAGGUCUCCUGCGGCAAUGUCAAGGUCAAUGCUGUCUAUGGUCUCAUGGUUGCUCUCCUGAUUGGUGUGUUUGACAUCUGCUGUAUCUCUGUGUCUUACACUAUGAUCCUGCGGGCUGUAGUGAGUCUGUCCUCAGCAGAUGCUCGUCACAAAGCCUUCAGCACCUGUACAUCUCAUAUCUGUGCUAUUGUAAUCACUUAUGUGCCUGCCUUUUUUACUUUUUUCACUCAUCGUUUUGGAGGACACAAUAUUCCUCACCACAUACACAUCAUUGUGGCUAACCUUUACCUACUACUUCCUCCUACCAUGAAUCCCAUUGUUUAUGGAGUCAAAACCAAGCAGAUUCGGGAAGGUGUAAACAAAUUUUUACUUGGAGAAAGAUUGGCUUUAUCUAAAGCAAAUGAUGCAUGAAAUAGAUUUCUUGGAGUGAGGAGAAGGUAGUAAAGAAGAAAUGCCUAAAAGGUGUGAGUGACAGGAUAUUGUCACUCUGAUAUAUAACUUUUUUUCUGAAAUCUUGCAAGUAUGCGUUAUGAAAUAUUUCUUGUAUGCAAAGAUCUGCCAAAGUAGAAAAUUCAGAAUGAUAACCUAACUGUUCUUCAUAAUUUAUGUUUCUCCUAAAUGUUUAUGGAGUCAUAUAUCCAGUGAGAUUAGCAUGAUAAAGUGUGGAACAGAGCCAACCUACACAUUGUAUGUGUAAAGAAGAGGCUGUCAUAACAUGAGCAAGCACAUCCUCUUCACUAAGGCACAUUCUAUCAGAUUAAACAUGUUUCUGACACA